AUGCUUUUCUUUCUUCACACACUACCGCUUCUCUAUCAACUUAAUACAAACACCCCUUGUCAAACAAUGGGAGACCCUAAAGAUCCUCUGUUUUCGAAGGAUGGAGAUGUAACUAUUGGAGGAGUUUUUGCAAUACACAGAAAGGAAACAUUGCCUUCUUUUGAGUUUGCACAAAAACCACUACCUCUGUCAUGCUCCAGUGUGAAUUUGAGAGAUUUUCGGCUGGCACAAAUAAUGAUUUUUGCAAUUGAGGAGAUAAACAAAAGUAAAAGUUUGCUUCCAAAUAUUUAUAUUGGAUAUCGAAUUUAUGAUACCUGUGGUUCAAGGCUAUCUACUAUGAGUGCAACAAUGGCAGUACUGAGUGGUCAGGAGUUUAGGCCAAGAGACAGAUGCAAUGAUCAGCCUCCUUUACAUGCUAUUCUCGGUGAAUCAGAGUCUUCUGCCACAGUAAUUUUGUCCAGAACUACAGGACCUUUCAAAGUUCCAGUGAUAAGUCCUUCAGCCACAUGUGAAUGUCUCAGCAAUAGGAAAGAUUACCCCUCUUUCUUUAGGACUAUUGCUAGUGAUUACCACCAGAGCAGAGCACUUGCAUACAUAGUCAAGCACUUUGGCUGGACUUGGGUGGGAGCUGUGAGCAGUGACAAUGACUAUGGAAACAAUGGAAUGGCCAUAUUUCAAAAAAUUGCACAGGAGGAAGGGAUUUGUGUUGAAUAUUCUGUGAAAUUCUACCGAACAGAGUCUGAUAAACUCAAAAAAGUGGUAAAUGAAAUUAAAAAAGGCACAGCGAAAGUAAUUGUUGCAUUUGUUUCAUUUGUUGAGAUGGGCUUACUUAUUGAUCAAUUGAGUAUUCAGAAUAUUACAGGCUUCCAGCUGAUUGGUGUGGAAUCAUGGAUAACUACAAAAAAUUACUUCACUCCAAAUAGUUUUUCCUCACUGAGGGGAUCACUGGGAUUUGCAGUGAGAAAAAUCAAUAUUGAAGGGUUUAUAGAUUAUGUUAUAAAAGCAUUCUGGGAUACAGCUUUUCCAUGCACCAAGACUGAGGGUAAUUCUUCUCAAUAUUCAAUAAGUUGCACCAGAUCUGAGGACUUACUUGAGCUAAAAAACUACACUGAAGAUGUGCUUGAACAAAGAUAUGCAAGCAAUGUCUAUAAAGCAGUUUAUGCAGUAGCUCAUUCAUUACACAGUCUAUUGGGGUGCGAAAACCAAGGAUUGUGUGAUAAAAAUAAGCCAAUACGCCCGCAACAGAUGGUUGAAGCCCUACAAAAGGUUAAUUUCACCAUACAAAUGGGAGAUCAGGUGUGGUUUGACAGCACUGGUGGUACGGUGGCCCAUUAUGAAGUUGUAAACUGGCAGCAGGACUUUGAUGGUUCAUUCCAGUUUAAAACAGUGGGAUACUAUGAUGCUUCACUUCCCCCUCAGCAACGCUUAAUGCUAAAUACUAAAAAUAUAAUUUGGGCUGGAGGACAGCAGAAGAAGCCAAAUUCUGUAUGUAGUGAGAGCUGUCCUCCAGGUACUAGGAAGGCUGCACAAAAAGGAAGACCUGUCUGCUGUUAUGACUGCAUUCCAUGCGCAGAGGGAGAAAUUAGCAAUGAGACAGAUUCAAUUAACUGCAAGCAGUGUCUGGAGGAAUACUGGUCUAAUGCUGAGAAAAAUAAAUGUGUGUUAAAAGCUGUAGAGUUUCUAUCAUUCACAGAAAUUAUGGGUAUAAUACUAGUCUUUUUCUCACUAUUUGGAGUAGUACUAACCACACUAGUGACUGUCCUGUUUUACAGGAAGAAAGACACUCCCAUAGUAAAAGCCAACAACUCAGAGCUAAGCUUUCUAUUGCUCUUUUCCUUGAGUCUGUGUUUCCUCUGUUCACUCACUUUCAUUGGUCGACCCACCGAGUGGUCUUGUAUGUUGCGUCACACAGUGUUUGGAAUCACUUUUGUCCUUUGUAUCUCCUGUGUCCUUGGGAAAACAAUAGUGGUGUUAAUGGCCUUUAAAGCUACGCUUCCAGGAAGUAAUGUCAUGAAAUGGUUUGGGCCUGUCCAACAAAGACUCAGUGUUCUUGCCUUUACACUUAUACAAAUUAUUAUCUGUGUGGUUUGGAUAACACUAUCUCCUCCAUUUCCCUACAAAAAUAUGGAAUAUUAUAAGGAAAAGAUUAUUAUAGAGUGCAAUCUGGGUUCUACAUUAGGCUUCUGGGCUGUUUUGGGUUAUAUCAGCCUACUGUCUGUCUUGUGCUUUGUUCUGGCUUUUCUGGCUCGGAAGCUGCCUGAUAACUUUAAUGAAGCCAAAUUCAUCACAUUCAGUAUGCUUAUAUUUUGUGCUGUAUGGAUUACUUUUAUACCAGCUUAUGUCAGUUCUCCUGGAAAAUUGACUGUAGCUGUGGAGAUAUUCGCCAUUUUGUCAUCUAGCUUUGGUUUACUAUUUUGCAUUUUUGCACCUAAAUGUUACAUCAUCCUGCUUAAGCCUGAACAAAAUACAAAGCAACAUAUGAUGGGAAAAACUUUAAAGUCAUAUUAA